UUCCCUGAAUGUGGGUUUUUUGGGAUGUUCGAUAAGAUCCUUCUCUUCCGUCAUGACCUGACCUCGGAGAACAUUCUUCAGAGACUGAGCUCAGCGGAGGAGAUCCACGAAGGAGACCUGGUGGAGGUGGUGCUGUCGGCUCUUGCUACAGCGGAGGAUUUCCAGAUCCGACCUCACGCUCUCUACGUUCACUCCUACAAAGCUCCGGCUUUCUGUGACGACUGUGGAGAAAUGCUGUGGGGACUCGUCAGGCAGGGCCUCAAGUGUGAAG